AGAAUCUGCUGUCUGCUGGCAGCUUCACCGAGGAGCAUUUAUAUGGAAAAUCUGCAGGGACGCGUGGACAGACUGGUUUUCUGAUCGCCGCCUGGUUAUUCGUAUCCCGCUCUUUCUCUCUCGUCUCUCCCGGCUUCUUUCUGGGACUCACUGGUGGAAUUUGUGCACGGGCACCAAGCAGCAGUGAAAAACAGAGACAUGUGUUUUGCCUCAGCUGCCUACUACUAUUCCCCAUUCUCUCCCAUUCACUGACCAAGUAGGAAAUAAACACAAGGUGACAGUCAGAGUGGCAGCUGUAGAGCAAGCAAGUGAGGUGAAACAGGCAUGAGUGCGGACAGCCAUCAGGGGGUGGUGACCACCCCUCCUCUGCCUGGUGGAGGUACUAAGGAGCGCUACUUCGACCGUGUCGACGUGAAUGAUCCGGAGUACAUCAGGGCCAGGAACAUGUCUCCCGACCUCCGACAGGACUUCAACGUUUUGGAGCAGAAGAAACGUGUCACACAGAUACUACAGAGCCCCGCUUUCAAGGAGGAAUUGGAGAGCCUGAUCCAAGAGCAGCAACGGAAGGGGAACAACCCCACUGGCCUGCUGGCCCUCAGGCAGAUCGCAGACUUCUUUAUGGCCAGCACAGUUGCCGGUUUCAACACUUCCCCCCUCAGCCUGGGGAUGGUCACUCCCAUCAACGACUUGUACGGAGUGGAAUCCACCACGAUGGUGAAAGGCGAGAAGCUGACACGUUGUAAACUGGCCAGCCUCUACAGACUGGUGGACCUGUUCAGCUGGGCACACUUCGCCAACUCCUACAUCACAGGCCGAGUCAGUAAAGAGCAAGACCACAUCCUGAUCAUCCCCAGAGGACUCUCAUUUGCUGAGGCAUCUGCUUCAAACCUGGUGAAAGUCAACAUCAUCGGGGAUGUGAUCGACCAGGGCUCCACCAACCUGAGGAUCGACCCCGCAGGUUUCAGCCCCCAUGCUGCCAUCUACUCCAUGCGUCCAGACAUCCGCUGCAUCAUACACGUGCACACUCCUGCCACAGCAGCUGUGUCAUCUAUGAAGUGUGGUAUCCUGCCCAUUUCCCAAGAGGCGCUGAUCUUGGGUGAUAUUGCCUACUACAACUACCAGGGCAGUCUGGAUGAGCAGGAUGAGCGCAUAGAGCUACAGAAGGCCCUGGGGCCAACAACAAAGGUUUUGGUGCUGAGGAAUCACGGCGUGGUUGCUCUCGGGGAGACCAUCGAAGAGGCCUUUCACUACAUCUACAGCGCUCAGUAUGCCUGUGAAAUCCAGGUUAAUGCCAUUUCUUGUGCUGGAGGUGUGGACAACCUUAUAGUGCUGGACCAGGAGAAGUACAAAUCACGAGUGUUCGCCGUCGCCUCGGCGGGUGCUAUCAACAUGGCUGGGCAAUACAAGUGGAAAAUCGGUGAGCUGGAGUUUGAGUCUCUGAUGAGGAUGCUGGAUAAUCUGGGCUACAGGACAGGCUAUGCAUACCGGCACCCCAUCAUCCGGGAGAAGCCGAGGCACAAGAGCGACGUCGAGAUCCCCGCCACGGUUACAGCGUUCAUGUUCGAAGAGGACGCGGAUAGUGGUGCAACACGGCUGCCCUUCAAGUUUCUCCAGCAGCGGCAGCAGAGGGAGAAGACACGCUGGCUCAAUUCACCCAACAGCUACACCAAGGUCAGCGUAGAAGGUGGAGAGGAGCGCUACAACAGCCGGACAACCACGUGGAUGAAGGCAGAUGACCCAGGAACCCCAAUUCGUAUCGAGGAUCCCAAUCAGUUUGUCCCUCUCAACACAGAUCCCACUGAAGUGCUGGCGAAGAGGAACAAAAUCAGAGAGCAGAACCGGCUUGAUGUGAUGUCGUCAGGGCCGCGGUCUCAGCACCUCGCAGGCAUCCCUGUCGAUGAACCGCGAAAGGAUCUGGUGCAGAUAAACGUUCUGGUAAAUACCAACCCAUACGUGCCCACAGAGGAAGAGCAGAUGGCUCCCCUGCCUCCCAACCCUUUCAGUGAGUUGUCAGAGAAGGCGCUGGAAGAGUAUCGCAAGAACGUGGAGAGAAGGCAACUGGGCCUCAGCGAUGGCGAGCACGAGCUAACCUCUGACGAUGGCUCCACUCUCUCUCAGUCUCUGUCUGUCACCCAGUCCCCGCAAAGCACUUCAGCCAAAGAAGAGAACCACACAGGACUGAUGAACGGUAAAAACGACCACGGGGACGUGGACGAGGAGCUGUCAAAGCGCGUGAGCCAGCUGACCACCAGCGUCGAGAGCGUGGAGAUCACCGUGCGCUCCGGGGAGAAAAUCGAAGAGGCCCUGUCCCCCGAGAGCUCGCCCUCCAAGUCGCCCAACACCAAGAAGAAGAAGAAGUUCCGCACCCCAUCCUUCCUGAAGAAAAACAAAAAGAAAGAGAAGACGGAGGCCUGAGAGCGAGCAGGCAGCAGGGGGCGAGGCAGACGGGGAGAUCAUCUGCAUAGAAGAAUGAGGGGCAAGCAAAGCCCCGUUUUCUGUUUUAAUAAUGUCUGUUUUUAUUUUGUUUUAAAUG